AUGAAUGGUUCUCAAAACUCCAAACCCAACUCAUCAAGGAUCAUAAAGAAGCGGCUGAGCCAAGACCAAGUCCGGCUCCUCGAAGCCAGCUUCGACGCGGGCCGGAAGCUCGAGCCCGAGCGCAAGUUCCAGCUAGCGCGCGAGCUCGGAGUCCCACCACGUCAGAUCGCCGUCUGGUAUCAAAACAAGCGUGCCAGGUGGCGGAGCCAGAGCCUGGAGCUCGACCACAGCACGCUCCAGGCUCGACUCGAGUCCGUGUUGGCUGACAAGGAGCGGCUCGAGAGGGAAGUCGAGGGCCUCCGGGUGGAGCUGAGGCGAGCCCACGAGACGAUGUUUGGUCUGGGACAACUGGCUGAGUCCAAGGCCGCCCAACAGGCCCAAGCCCAACUGUUGGCGCGGGGCGACCCGGGCCAGCUGUCGAGUUGUGGCGACAGCUCGAGUUUGAACAACGAUGACGUGGGCUUGCCGUUUGAGGAGCUUUAUGCUUGUUUGAUGGUGGGCAAUGGUGAUGAAGGGACUAAUAAUGAGUAUGAUGAGGUGAAUUGUGAGUGGGAUUUUUGGGUAUAG